AUGGAAUGGAUUCCCAGAUCGUUUAAUGAAAGAGCCGAUUAUUUAUCAAAAAUUGUCGACUACAACGACAGGGGGAUUUCAAAUAAACUUCUGUUUAUGAUCAAAACCCGUUUUGGCCAUUUGUCAGUAGACUGGUUUGCCUCAGAACACAAUGCCAAAUUGGUCAAGUUCUAUUCAAGGUUCUGGAGUCCUUCAUCCUCGGGUGUAGAUGCUUUUACCGAAAACUGGGGAUUUGAAUUUGGAUUGUUUGUACUCCCGAUCACGCUUAUAGGAAAAGUUAUUAGAAAAAUGAGCGCUGAUCAAGCAGUAGGUGUACUUGUAGUUAACCGCCUCCUUGGUCGAGGGCAAAAUAGGCUUCCAAGGCAUCCCGUAAACCAAGGUGAUCCCCAUCAGGACCAAAGAUGUCGGAA